AGGAAGUGGAAGUGUUCUGAUCAGAAUAAACUUUGUGGUUCAGAGACUCUCACACUAGAUAGCAGGAGAGGAUGGGGCUCACCUCACCUUGUGUGCUGCUCUUGCUGAGUGCUCUCCUCAUCUCUGGAAACACUCAAGAGAGAUCGAAGGCUGUGGUGACCCUGCAUCCUGACCUGCAGCAGAUAUUUACAGGAGAGAGACUCACUCUCAGAUGUCAGAUACAGGGAGGAGAGAACAACACUGAAUGGCGGUACUUUUUUAAGAGGGAUGAUGUAGACAUCGGCAGUUCAGAGUCUGAACUUAAGAUUGAAUCUGUUGAGGAGUUCCACAGAGGUGCAUACACCUGUGUUGGUAAAGACACAAGUCAUGAGAAGUAUUCUGACUGGAGUGAUGAAGUGAUGCUGACUGUAACAGAUCGUCCCCAGCCUGUCCUGAGAGUGUCUCCCUCGUGGCUGAAUCCUGGAGACUCAGUGACUCUGAGCUGUGAGGUUGGAGACUCAUCUACAGGCUGGAGCUUCUUCUUCUACAGAGCUGCUCCCUCUCUACCAGACCAGCCCUACUCUGUAGAGCUCCUCUCUGACCGUGAGCAGACUACAGGGAACUCCUCCACUCUGCAGCUAGCUGCUCCCUCUCACACAGCAGGAUAUAUGUGUAGAGCUGGGAGAGGAGAGACAGUCUACUACUCUGACUACAGUAAUCCACAGUUUCACUGGUCUGGAGAUCAGAUUUCCUCAGUGUCUCUCAGUGUAAGCACCAACAGAUCUCAACACCUCGUGUCUGAGUCUGUCUCUCUGAGUUGUGAGCUGAAGGGGAACUCUACUGGAUGGACACUGAGGAGGUACACAGGCAGUGAGCUGUAUACUGUGUGCUCCUCUGUCAAGGGAUCAACCACAGGAUCCACCUGCAUCAUCAGGUCCUUAAACGUAGGGCACAGUGGAGUGUUCUGGUGUGAGUCUGGCUCAGGAGAGUACAGUAAUGCUGUCAACAUCACAGUACAUGGUGCGUUCAAGUAUAAUGUUUCUGUACGUCUCUCCAGCAUUAGUGAGGGAUUGUGCAUAUGUCUCCAGAUUGAUGGAGGAUCCUCCCAGUCACAGAGCACCAAUCUUGUCUUAGAUGGGGUCCAGAUAGCCAAUCAGAACCAAGCUCCUGCUGGAAACGCCCCUCUGGAGCAUAGGCAAGGUGUGGAGGCUGGACCAAGUGACGUGACCUACGCCCAGAUUGAGCUCAAAAAGAUGAAAAAACCCAAGAGAAAGACAGGAAAGCAAGCAGAAUCAGAGGAAGACACCAUUUAUUCCAAGGUGGCACAGGACCUCCCUCUGGUGGCGCUGGAGCAGAUGACGUGACCUAUGCCCAGAUUGACUUAAAGGGCAAGAAAGCCAAGAAAUCAGACAUGUUGACCACCAGGGAGCCGGAUGCUGUCUACUCUGCAGUGAGGACAGGGUGAGGGGUCCUCCCUGGAUGCUGUCUACUCUGCAGUGAGGACAGGGUGAGGGGUCCUCCCUGGAUGCUGUCUACUCUGCAGUGAGGACAGGGUGAGGGGUCCUCCCUGGAUGCUGUCUACUCUGCAGUGAGGACAGGGUGAGGGGUCCUCCCUGGAUGCUGUCUACUCUGCAGUGAGGACAGGGUGAAGGGUCCUCCUUGGGACCUGGAGCUGAACUCAUGAUCUGAGUCUGAUCUGAGUCACUGUUGACAGUCUGUUUACUGGCGUUUUGUUGUCAUGACAGUGUACGUGUUUGGGUUGAGGUCGUUUUUUACACACAAAGACAGGUACAUAUUCAUGAACCGACAUGUCAGGAAAUGCACUCAUGUAUACACAUAUAACACGCACACACGCGCAGACUGGCACACACACACACUGACAUGCACACACACACACUGACAUGCACACACAGACUCACAUGCACACAGACGUAUGACACAGAAGAUGCUCAAGGACACAGACACACAGACACACACACACUCACAGACACACACAGACACACACACAGACACACACUCACAAACACACACACAGACACACACAAAGACACACACACAUAACUUGGAGGAUUUUAUGCAAUUUAAUGAACUGAAAGUGUCUUUAUCCUAUAGGUGUCUUUAUUUUUAUGUAGCAUUUUAACCAUAGUGAAACAAGUAAACGUUUUUGGCCAACCCCAUGUAAAAUAACAUCACACUCCAUAGGAUGGCAAAGGGACACCUCUAGAGAUGUCCACAUAAAACAAUGUAUGUUUCCAUUGAAUCUCUUUACUCUUUAUUCAGUUAGAAGUAAGUGGCUUGAGUCUUUUCACGCGCAUGUCAGUUUAAAUGUAGAGUGGCAGAAGAGGAGAUUAAAGCUGUUGUGUUGUUUUAGCUUGUUCUCAUUCUUGUUGUUGUUGUUAAGAGUCGUCAUGGCUGUAGCUGAGCCGUGUCUACAGACAGCU